AUGGCGCAAACAGUACUUCUGCAUGGCGUACUUCAUACAACCAUCUAUGAGGUUGAUAGGCUCAUGGCUGGUGGUUGCAGCAUCUUCUUCCGCAAGCUUCUUAAAAAGUCAGUUGAGUUUGGGAAAGGUUCCAAACUCUAUGCUACGAUUGAUUUGGAAAAUGCUAGGGUUGGCCGAACCAGAGUGCUUGAAAAUGCAACUAAAAAUCCCCGGUGGCUUGAAUCUUUUCAUAUUUACUGCGCCCACAAGGCUUCUAAUGUUGUUUUCUCUAUCAAAGAAGACAAUGCUAUUGGGGCCAAAGUGAUUGGAAGAGCUUACAUGCCUGCUGCAGAACUCCUUAAUGGAGAAGAAGUAGACAGAUGGCUUAAGAUCUUGGAUAAUAACAAUAAACCUUUACAUGGAGGUUCCAAAAUCCAUGUGAAAUUACGCUUGUCAAGCGUAAACGAAGAUCCUAAUUGGUCUCGUGGAAUCAGAAGUCCUGAAUUCCCAGGUGUUCCAUACACAUUUUUCACACAGAGGAAUGGUUGCAGAGUUACCCUUUACCAAGAUGCUCAUGUCCCAGACAAUUUCAUCCCAAAAAUCCCUCUUGCUGGGGCCAAGUGCUAUGAACCACACCGGUGCUGGGAAGACGUUUUUGAUGCCAUUUCUAAUGCAAAGCACUUAAUAUACAUAGCAGGUUGGUCUGUAUGUACUUCAAUCACAUUGAUAAGGGACCCAAAGAGGCAAAAGCCAGGAGGAGAUUUGACUCUGGGAGAGCUUCUAAAGAAGAAGGCAAAUGAAGGAGUUCAGGUCCUAAUGCUUGUUUGGGAUGACAGAACUUCAGUGAGGUUGCUAAAGAGAGAUGGAGUGAUGGCUACCCACGAUGAAGAUACCGAAAGUUACUUCCAUCACACGAAAGUUCACUGCGUGUUAUGUCCUCGAAAUCCUGACAACGGGCAGAGCAUUAUCCAGGAUUUAGAGGUUUCUACCAUGUUCACUCAUCACCAGAAGAUUGUGGUGGUGGACAGUGAAUUGCCCAAUGGAGGAUUAGAAAAGAGGAGGAUUGUGAGCUUCAUUGGUGGCAUUGAUCUUUGUGAUGGGAGAUAUGACACUCCCUCCCAUCCCAUUUUCAGGACUUUAGGCACAACCCACCAUAAUGAUCUCCAUCAGCCCAAUUUUGCUGGUGCCUCAAUCACAAAGGGUGGACCAAGGGAGCCUUGGCAUGACAUUCAUUGUAGGUUAGAAGGGCCUAUUGCCUGGGAUGUCCUGUUCAACUUUGAGCAAAGAUGGAGGAAGCAAGGUGGGAAGGACUUGCUUGUUGAGCUGAGAGAACUUGAUGACACAUUUAUACCUCCAUCUCCAGUUAUCUUCCCUCAAGACCACGAAACAUGGAAUGUUCAAUUGUUCCGGUCCAUCGAUGGAGGAGCAGCAUUUGGAUUUCCUGACUCUCCUGAAGAUGCUGCCAGGGCAGGUCUUGUUACUGGGAAAGAUCAUGUGAUUGAUCGAAGCAUUCAGGAUGCAUAUAUCAAUGCCAUCCGGCGAGCGAAGAGUUCUAUCUACAUUGAAAACCAGUAUUUUCUUGGAAGCUGUUUCUCUUGGCAUUCAGAUCAUACCCUUAAAGUUGAGGAGGUUGGUGCUUUGCAUUUGAUUCCAAAGGAACUGUCUCUAAAGAUUGUUAGCAAGAUUGAAGCUGGAGAAAGGUUUACUGUCUACAUUGUCAUGCCCAUGUGGCCAGAGGGUAUCCCAGAAAGUCAAUCUGUUCAGGCAAUAUUGCACUGGCAGAAGAUGACAAUGGAGAUGAUGUAUAAGGACAUUGUUCAAGCUCUACAAGCCAAGAGGCUUGAGGCAAACCCCAAGGACUAUUUGACAUUCUUUUGCCUUGGCAAUCGUGAGAAGAAGCGAAGUGGAGAAUAUGAACCUCCAGAAAAACCAGAACAUGAUACAGAUUAUAGUAGAGCUCAGCAAGCCAGGCGGUUCAUGAUCUAUGUUCAUGCCAAGGUGAUGAUAGUUGAUGAUGAGUACAUAAUCAUCGGAUCGGCCAACAUCAAUCAGAGGUCAAUGGAUGGUGCCAGGGACACAGAGAUUGCCAUGGGAGCCUACCAACCAUAUCACCUAUCAACCAGAGAGGCAGCUAGGGGCCAAAUCCAUGGUCUCAGAUUGGCAUUGUGGUAUGAACACUUGGGCCUGCUUGAUGACACCUUCCUUGAACCAGAGAGUGUAAAAUGCAUCAGAAAGGUGAACCAAAUUGCUGAAAAGCAUUGGGACCUUUUUUCAAGUGAGACAAUGGAUGGUGACUUGCCAGGGCAUUUGCUUAGCUACCCCAUUAGGGUUGCUGCUGCAAAUGGAGAGAUCACAGAGUUGCCUGGAACAGAAUUUUUCCCAGACACCAAGGCUCGAGUUCUUGGCUCCAAAUCUGAGUUGCUUCCAUCAAUCCUCACUACUUAG